AUGGCCGACGACGAAAGAACGCACUGUAUAUGCGGUUUUACACAUACGACUCGGUUGAUGAUUUGCUGCGACAACUGCAAUGUGUGGCUACAUGCGGAGUGCUACGGGCUCGACCAAAAAAAGGUUAAAGAAAUCGAGAAGAAAAACCUCGACUUUUUCUGCAACGAGUGUCAACCGCGUACAGACUUGGACUUGGAGCGUGCGCAAGCGAUUCAACGCCGGGAAGCCGCUAGGCAGGAAGAGAAAAAGGAGAAAAGACGAAGGAGACAUCCGGCAUCCGAGUCGUCAGAGUCGUCCGAAGAAGACGAGGAAACAGAAGGAUCGGAGCGCAGAUUCUCGAGGGAGGAUCGUAAAGCCAUGGAAUACGAGAAACUCUUCGACAAGCUCAAAAAGGAUGAAACUAAACGGCGGCGAAAGGAACGCCCGGAAAAUGAAUUAAAGGGCACCUCCGACGUCGAAGACGAGGAAAACGAAAUAACAGACGAAGAAGACGAGACCCUAAAAGCUGGGAGAGGCCGAGGUCGUCGCGGGAGGCCCCCCAAAGGAGCUGGCAAGAGCAAAGAGCCAAAAGAACUUCCCACUCGCAAAACUGUCAAAGAUGUCGAGAGCAUACCGACAACUAGGAAAAAACCUGGUAGACGUCCAGGCAGACGUCCAGCCCGUGCGACAAAGACCGCAGAGGUCGAGACUCCUGUGCAGCCAGAGCCCAUUCCUGAAACUGAAGAACCCGAGACGGAAUCCGCUGAUAGCGGAUUGGAAGACGAGGAGCCGAUAAUAAUGUCGAGGUUCAUCGAGAUUCCCGUCAGAGGAAAUCGCUCGAGAAAGCGGAAGACGCUUGACUUCAGCUUAUUUACGAGUGUUGGUGAAUUUGGCAAAAACACACCGCAAAGUGAUAAUAUUUUAGCCUGGCGAAAUGGCAAUAACUCGAAAACUGUUGUUAGACCUGAGACUUUCUCGACGAGGACUGAAUCGCAUGGUGCGCACUACAGAAAACAGUGGUGCAAGCAGCACUUCGAGGCGACGAAAAAUGUCCCGCUCGUGGAGGAUAUUGUCAAGCAAGAGCUGCGCAAACGUAACAUCGACUUGUCCACUCUAGAGGGCCUCAAUAACUCUGCAAAUAGCGAUAAAAAUGGAUCACUUAUGGAAACACAGUCACAAGGCGACGAAACAAGUAGUCAAGACAGCGAAUCCUCGGAGAAGCCCGUCGCACCUCCUGUCGAUAAAAGCAAUUCUAUAUCUGCUGCCGAGGCACAAGACAACGAUGGGAAGAAAAAACUGUCGCUCUCUGACUAUGUCAAAAGACAGCGUGAGAAAAAUGCGAAAAUCGCCGAAGAGCGCGCCAAAGAAGAAGCCGAGAGAAAACGACAAGAAAAUAAUCGACUCAACCCCGACGCAGUUUCUGCGGUCCUACACAGCGCAGUCGAUGCUGCGUCCAAGGGCUCGAGAGUGGCAACGGUCACUCCGGAGGAUCUCGACUGGCUGGCUCGGCUAGGGAUCAAUCUGCAGGCCGAGAACUCGCAGGAUCUGCACCAAGUAGCCACACAGCUGGCGAAAGACACCGAACAAGUUCUGAACAUAUUCCGCGCGGCGAACAUCCUCGCUUCCCUGACUGCGAGGAGACGUCUCUCUCGCCGCACAAACACAUUCGAAGAUUUCUAG